CUGUUUUUAUUUGAACCAUCAGAAAAAAAAAAUUAGAAGGUUUGGUAAUCUCUACGUCAUUUGCUUGUGAAGAUAUUGUCUGCUGGAAAGUAGCUUGCAAGAUUUUGCCUGUUUCGAUUUCACUUUUUUUUGGAGAGGCAAUUGGGGUUAAGAGGUUCUCACAGUCUGACAUGAAGUGGGUGCAGGUGAGUCGAAUGAGCCAGCCCCAAGUGCUAAUCAUUUUACAAAUAGGACCUCAUUUGAUCUUCACAACAACUUUGCUGGGUGGGUGCUAUUUUAUUCCCAUUUAACAAUUAAAGAUACUGAGGCAAACUGACUAAGGGACCUGUCCAGGGUCGCACACCUAGUAUGUGCCCGGGGUUGUAUUUGAACUUAGUCUUCCUGAUUCUAGGUCCAGAACUCUGUGCACUUCUACAAUGAGGAAAGAAAAGAAGAUUGUGAACAGCUAUGGAGAAGAAUAAGACAGAGAACUAAGGGCAAGUGAGGGCUCCGUUGAAAUAAGAGAACAGAUUUAUAGAGGAUCUGGUCAGUAGGAUUUUGUGAUUUUUUUCCCCCUUUCUUUUUGAAUAGCGAGUGAGUAGCAGAGGUGGUGGAAGAUGGACAAGGAACUGAUGAGCAGAAGGAAGCACUGAAUGUAAAUGACUCACUAAGGGGUCCAGACUAAGGAGAGAAGUGUAGUCAGAACAGAGGCCUUCUGAGAGACGGAGGGAUUAAUUGCUGCUGGAAGGGAGAAUCAGUAAGGAGGAAUCCGCCCAAGUUCUUGAUUGUGGAAAUUUGGCAGGAUCCAGGGUGCUGAUGUAUCAUCCUUAUGUGGCUUUGUUUGCAGAAUUAGGAGGUUGUAUCCCGUGAUCUGCAGGAGCCCCCCUAAACCUAGAGUCUAAAAAUGUCUUCAUCUAAAUAGAAAUAUCUUCAUCAAAGUCCCUAAAAUCUAGCUUUAUUUGGGAAGUACCUAGGAAGUCUAGGAAAUCUCCAGGGAAAGUUAGAAAAUUCCUGUUGAGGAUUUCAUAACAGCCUACAUUGUCAGAUUUUCUGCUUUUUUCUUCCUUCCUUCCUUGUCCCCUCCUUCCCCCCUUCCUUCCUUCUUUUCUUCCUUCCUUCCUUCCUUCUUUUUUUUGGAUACUCUAAUAGACUAUGAACUUCUCAGGGCAGGUGUUGUUUCUAAUUUUGGAUCUAGCUUUAUAGACCAGCACAACGACUCUGGAGCAGUAGACUUCAUAGUAAAUAAUAAGAAAUGUUUCUUGACUGAGGAGUCUGUGACUCCCUUCACUGAUGAACAACCCUUUAGGUUUAAGGUAUUAACGAACCGUUGGGACCCUUCGGAUUCAUCCCCCGGUGGCUUACUCACUCUCUUGGGAGGGCCUGCUUGAACUUAGCUAGCUUGGCCCUCCGAGGCCAGACCCCACCCCGCUUUUUGUUGCUUUCCUCAGGGCUUGUGACUGCUGCCAGAGCAUCCCUAAAUAGGGAGAAAGCUAUGUAGAAUAACGGGGAAAAACGCAGGAUUGGGGGUCUUUGUUGGUCCCCAAGGUCCUUUCCAACGAGAAAUCCCGGAGUCCCCUGUGGCCUUAGCAAAGCCGGUGCAGCCAGAAGCAAGAUGCGGGUAGACUCCCAGCACGGAGGGGCCGAGCGGACUCGGAGCGGAGAAGGGGGAAGGACUUGAGAGUUCAUCCCAUUAAGAAACUGCGCACUCUAUAAAUGCAAGGGAGCAUGCGCGCUCUAACAGGAGCCUUGUUGAGAGCACUGAUUUACAGCCGGCUAGCAUCCAUCAAUCGGGGGGUGAGGACUGGUCUUUCACAGUCUGCCGGCAUUAAGUGCGUAUCAGACUCCAGGAUCAGGAUCCAAAGAAAAAGUUCAGAGCUGCUUCCCCGGUACCUUGGGGAUUAUUUGCUCUCUCAUGCCUCGUUCCCUCAUUGGUAGCAAUCAGGGGCCUAGGAAGUCUCUUCCAGUUUUCUAUCUGUUGGUCCUGACUCUGGGAGCUGUUAAGGAAGCUCCUGGCACGCUAGUGUCUGCAGCAAGAUUUGAACUCUAGGCUGGGUUCCGCUGAGCGUUCUCCGUCCCGGACUGUUCUCCGUCCCUUCCGAAUCCCGGGCUCUGUAAUUGUGGUUGCCGCAGACCUCGUUGUUAAACGGCCGCCCCCCAUCCCUUCCUGGAGGGGAGGGGAUGCCUUUUCUUUCACGCCUUUUUGUCGCUGCUCCGUCCCGUCCCACUCUUUUCUGAGCUUCCCUUGGCAGAAGCACGGGCGGCUUGCCAUUUCUUUCUCCCGCUUAUUUCCCACACGAACCACCGAGACAAACGAACGCGGUUAAGUGACUUGCCCACGUUCACACAGAUGAACUUUGAACCCGGGAAGAUGAACUUUCCUGACCGCAGGCCCGGCACUCCAUCAGCUUUGCCUCUAAUUAAUCGGCAUUUAUUUCCUCACCUCCCCCGUCCCUCCCCCACCCACGCCUGCAAUUUGGCCGUGCGUCCCGUGCAUCAGAUAUUUAAUUACGUAAUUCUCCCUUCACAGAAAAAAGAGGCCGCGAAAGGCCAGCUCCUUUUUGUCCGAUUCUCUCGCUGGGAGGAUCGCCGACUUGCACGUGACGAAUUCUACACCCUAGCAGGAGCCUAGCGGGCGAGGGAUGCGCGCAGGCAGGCGGGUUCUGGGCCAGCCCAGCGCGCAUUUAGCUCGCAAGUUUCUAAAAGACGGGAUGUUGUCGGAUCGAUCGCUCUUUUUCUUUACGUUCUAUUGUAACGGGGUGGGAUUCAGAGAGAGGCACUUUGGGGGCUGGGGGUGGGGAGGAGUCAGAAAGAGAGGCUCAGAACAGAUGAAUGAGGGCCCCCAAACGGUUAGGACGGACGGGGGAGGGGAGGAAGUUUGGGGGAAAGGGCCUCACGUGGCCAAUCGCCGGAGUUUGACUUUGUACCUCCAUCCAGAGGCUGCAGUCGGAAUUACAAAAAAAAAAAAAAAAAAAAAAAAAAGCGAGUGAGAGGGAGCGAGGGAGCGAGGCGGACCGGCGGGCAGAGAGCAAGGAGGGCGCGGGGAGGAAGGGCGAGGUGGCGGCCGCCAGCUGCUGCGCCCCGGGCUGCUGCGCCCCUCUCCUCUGCGCCAUGGCGGGCUGGGCGCCCCUCCACAGCUCCGCCGCCCCAUCCGCAGCAGCUCCGGCCCGGGGGGAGGAGGAGGACGGGGACUGAUUGCCCGCGGAACCCAGCGCCCGCUGCAGCCACCCCCACCCCCCCGCCAGCCCGACUACCUGACCGCGGUGGGGACGCGCGCGGGGCUCCCGGGAACCAGUCCCGCGCCCUGUCCCGCCCGCAGCCCGGAGCCGCUAUGGGCGGGAUGAGCCCCUGGAACUUGGUCCUCCAGACUUUCUUCCUCCUGCCCGCCGCCGGAGCCCAGCGCAGGGGCCCCGCUCACGGAGACUACACGCAGGCGGCCCCCGCUCCGGCUCCGGCUCCGGCUGCGGACGCCUGCAAAGCCGGGACACAACAGAGUGAGUUGAACUCUUUCUUAUGGACUAUCAAGAGAGACCCGCCCUCGUACUUUUUUGGUACGAUCCACGUGCCCUACACGCGGGUCUGGGACUUCAUUCCCGAGAACUCCAAGGCGGCCUUCCAGCAGAGUAGCAUCGUGUACUUCGAGCUGGACCUCACGGACCCUUACACCAUCUCGGCCCUCACCAGCUGCCAGAUGCUGCCGCAGGGCGAGAACCUCCAGGACGUGCUGCCCCAGGACAUCUACUGCCGGCUCAAGCGCCACCUGGACUACGUCAAGCUGAUGAUGCCCUCGUGGAUGACCCCGGAUCAGCGCGGGAAGGGCCUCUACGCCGACUACCUGUUCAACGCCAUCGCGGGGAACUGGGAGAGGAAGAGACCCGUGUGGGUGAUGCUGAUGGUGAAUUCCCUGACCGAGGUGGACAUUAAGUCCCGGGGGGUGCCCGUGCUGGAUCUCUACCUUGCCCAGGAGGCCGAGCGCCUCAGGAAACGGACCGGGGCGGUCGAGAAAGUCGAGGAGCAGUGUCAUCCUCUGAAUGGGCUGAACUUUUCUCAGGUGAUCUUUGCCUUGAAUCAAACUCUCCUGCAGCAAGAGAGCCUGCGGGCUGGAAGCCUGCAGACCCCCUACACUACAGAGGACCUGAUCAAGCAUUAUAACUGUGGUGACCUCAACUCCAUCAUCUUUAGCCAUGAUAAUUCACAGGUUCCCAAUUUUAUUAAUGCUACAUUGCCGCCUCAGGAGCGGAUCACUGCUCAGGAGAUUGACAGCUAUUUCCGCCAGGAGCUCAUCUACAAAAGGAAUGAGCGGAUGGGGAAGCGAGUGAAGGCCCUCUUGGAGGAGUACCCUGAUAAAGGCUUUUUCUUUGCCUUUGGUGCUGGUCAUUUCAUGGGCAACGACACAGUGCUUGAUGUUUUGAGGAGAGAAGGGUAUGAGGUAGAACACAUCCCUGCCGGACAACCUAUCAACAACGAGAAGCCCAGGAGAGCCCCUUCCACUCUGUCCCCCUCUCCCCCUGCCCAUGCGCCCCUCGGGCAGCCAGGGGAGGAGGAGGAGGAGGAGGAGGAAGAGGAGGAGGAAGAGCUGCUGCCCCACCUGCUCCUGCCUGGGAAUGCCGACCUGUUGGAGAAGAUGGACAGGAAGUACAGGAAAAAAAGGAAGAAGCAGCUGAAGAAGCAGAGGCUGCGGCAGUUCAGUGACCUGUGGGUGCGCCUGGAGGAGGGUGCUCCAGCCCCGCUUCCUCGGAUUCGAAUUGUCAAUGGGUACAUCACGGUGGAGCCCCUGCUGCCGGGCCACAGGAGAUCGCUCCAUACCCAGACGGUGUCGAACAGCGCCUGCCUGUCCCUCUGGACACUUCUGUUCUGGUUGUUGACUCUGGCGCUUCAAACGGAGAUCGCGCUUCUCUGAGACGCGUCCCCAGGGGCGCGGUGCCGUACAAGGGCCUGAAAAGCUGAAGGCCUUUACGCCUGUUACUUGAAAGGACCCGACCCUUCCGGCCAGGGCCGUCUCGCCUUGUGCGACAGCCCUGUGGGGAGGACUCUUUGAGUGAAAGCCAUUUAGUUUAAUUCUUCUCUUCUGAAGAAUGACAUCCGCGUUAUCCCAGAAUGCUUUGGGGAGAUGUAUCAUGUUGUAAGAUAGCUGUAAUUUAGUUCUGUGGAAAUCAUUAAAUACGUUUUGUCUGGA